AUGUGCCGUUGGUUCGCAUACAUCUCGCCAACCGAACCUUGUCUUCUCUCCGACGUCCUCAUCACACCUAAGCAUGCACUCACCAAUCAAGUCAAUGAUCACUACCUGCCUGGCCUCAUCGCCCACCUACCCGACAAGAUUACCGCAGAACACGAAGCCAAUGCUCGCAACCGCGUCCUGAACGCCGACGGUCUCGGUGUCGCCUGGUACACCUCCUCCUACAGCGACUUUGAAAGAGGCAUCACCGGCGAGAGCGAAGAUGGCAAGCCCCACACAGGCCUCAGACCCGCCAUCUACAAGACCAUCCAACCUCCAAAGGGUGACAUGAACUACCGUUCCAUCUGCGCCAACACUGAAACCCGCUGCUGCUUCGCUCAUAUCCGUGCCACGUCUGAGAGUGCCGUCGCUCAUGUCAACAAUCACCCAUUCAUCUUCGGAAAGUUCGCUUUCAUGCACAACGGAUCCAUCUCAGACUUCACCUCGAUCAGACGCGCUAUCUGCGACAUGCUGGAUCACGAUACGUAUGCCAACAUCCAAGGCAGCACUGACAGCGAGCACAUUGGUGCACUGUUCAUGCACCAUCUUUCGUCAGGCAAAGGCGCAGACACCUGGGACGAAGACUACUCGGUCCACGCUAUCGCAAAUGCACUCCACACCGCCAUCAAGACCGUCUGCAACCUGCAGAAGAAGAUACUUGGACCCAAGAGGAGACCCAAUAGCUUGAAUCUGGCAGCCACAGACGGCGUCCAGAUGGUCGCAUGCCGCUUCCGCAACCACAAGGAAGAGCAACCUCCGAGCUUGUAUUUUUCGACAAGAGCCGGCACUACCCUAAACCGCAAGUACCCCGAUCAUCCAGACGGAGAUGAAAGACCUGAUGAGGGCCCGAAGAAGGAUGAGAAAGAGCACGGAAAACAUGUCAUCGUUGCAAGCGAGCCCAGCACCUACAUAGAAGAAGACUGGAAUCUUAUCAACAAGAACCAAUUCCUCAUCUUUCACAAGGAUGGCAGGUUUACACUGCAGAACAUGCUCUACUCUGAGUCGUGGAAUGCUGAUCAUGCAGAAGCUGACAAGGCAGUUCAGGCUGAAGCGGAUCAGAAGGCAGCUACCACUGAAACUCAGGAUCAAAAGGCAAUCACUGCUGAGACGGAAGGUCAAGAUGCAAAGGUUGCUGAGGCAGAAGGUCAUUAG